GUCUCACAUUACUUCUGCAGCGGGCUUUCCCUCAUGUAGCUUGACGCGAUCACGCGAGUUCACCGCUUGGGGAGAACUGCCGAAAAGGGAGGAAGAAGAACACGAAGGGACCAAAAAAUGGGGAUUAAACUGUACUACACGACUGUAACUGCAUCACGGACGGUCAAGUCCCAGCAGGCAGAAGUGAUGCGCAUCCUGGACAGCAAAAACAUCCAGUACAAGCUGGUGGACAUCUCGGUUGGUGGCGAGUUGCGCGACGAGAUGCGCAGCAAAGCGGGGAACCCCACGGCUGUCCCGCCGCAACUCUUCAACGAGGACCAGUACUGCGGGGAUUACGAAAUGUUCUCCGAGGCGGUGGAGGCGGACACAGUGGAUCAGUUCCUGAAGCUGGCAUGAGUCAUAACCUUCCAUCCCCAUCACCCGUCAAUCACACUGAAGCCCCUCAUUGACACCGACUUUGAUCGGAUGCCAUAACGACGAAUGCCAAAUCCCCUCACGUCCCUCUUUUCCUUCAGCAUCGUGUCGGUCACGCUUCUCUUAAAACGAAUCCGCAAAUCACUGUCAUCACUUAGUCUUAAUGACGUGGUCUUGGUCUUAGAACCUUCACCGUCCUAUGUUCCCAUGGUGCGUUGAAUGCAAACAUGUUAGACCAAAUUAUUAAAAAAUAUAUAAUAA